AUGGCGGAGGAGAUCGUCACGGGUCUCCACCGCAGGCGUGGCGUGGUGCACCCCAAUAGCACGACGCGCGGCCGAACCGCGCAUCGGUCGCUCAAGGUGCAACUCAUCGACUUCAUCACUUCCCGCUGCCGACCCGUUCGUUACAACGAUGCUGGCGUGCCCGUGGAGGGGUCGUUGCUGCUGCUGCCAUGGCGGGAGCAGCUGCGGUUGUGCAUUGCCAUCCUCGCAGCGUUCUACAUAACCAAGGCCUUCUUCGACGUGGUGCGCUUCGAACUGCUUUACUACGGUGUGUGGAAGGUGGGCUACCGCAACGAUGGCUCCUUGAUGAAGCGGCUACUCUACUACGGAUCGACGGCGAUGCUCGCGGCUGGGCUGUUCUUCAGCUUCAAUAUGAACUUCUUUUUCUCUGCGUGGGUGGUUGGCCGCCGUGAAAUCGCUCUGCAUGCGCUGUGCAAUGUUUUCGCCUACGUGAUGCCACGCCGUGUGCUGCAGCUGCUGGUGCGCCGGACGGUGUGCUGA